AUGGCUGAGGUAGGAGGCCUCGAAUCACCUGGGUCAGAACUCGGUAACGACAAGGAUUCCAUCAACGUCAACCCAGGAAGUCCACCAGGCCAACUACCGCCACUAAAUGAGUACACCAUCAAGAAGAAUGAAGUUGAGGAUAAUAUUAUUAACAAAACACCUACCGAUGACGAAACAACAGAAGAGGAAUCCAACAAGGGAAGCUUCACUAUUGACCCAGAAGGUGAACUUACUCACGAUCAAACAACCGUCGAUAUUGUUACCGUUCCAUGUCCUGGAGCGAAUCCUCUUCGAACAUGGAGUCGCGAUGGCCGAAUGAGUCGUUUUUUCGGUGCCUUGUCUAUGCGGGAUGCCGAAGGCCAAACAGCGCCAGAUCAAGAUCGACCUGCACCUUCAUGGGUCAGACAAGGCAUUCGGCGUGAAGCUGAUCGAGCACGGAUUCUCCUCUACGAACAUCCAUUAGCAACCGAGGACACGAGAUUGAGCAACUUGGCAGACGCGCUUCUAGAAGAGUUGGAAGAAUUGAGGAAGCGAGAGAAACAGGCUAGGCCGCUUGUGUUUGUGGGACAUAGUAUUGGUGGAAUUAUUGCCAAGAUGGUUUUAACAAAGGCGAGUCGUGAUACUCGGUAUGAGGACAUCUACAGACAAUGCUACGGUAUUGCCUUUUUUGGCACUCCUCAUCAAGGAUCCAGUUACUUUGCCAUGCCGAAUCUAGCAAGUGGAAUCCAGAGUCUGCUUCAACUUUCGGCCCCCUUGCCAUGCUCAAUCACCGACGAUUUGCGUGUGGGAAAUUCUCUUCUUCUCCAACUGGACGACGAUUUCAAGUCUAUAGCACAUGAUUUCCGUAUAUGGACAUUGUAUGAAACUAUCGACUCUCGACUUUCAGGAUCUACUGGAGAUGUCUACUUCACUGCACCACUUACAUCGAUAAAGUCUGCCAUCCUUGGUAUGCGACAGGAGACAAUCCUUCCGCUUCAAAGUGAUCAUGCGAAUAUAGCCUCGUUCGGGAGGCACAAUGUUCACACGAUGCGAUUGUUUCUGAAGCAGUUAACUGCACUCAUCAACCAAGCAGAUGAGUAUUCCUGUGAUGAUAGGAACUGGACUUUGGAUCUCGAACAAAAGGUCAAUGUCGAAAUUCAUGGGUUUUUCGAGGAUGCUCCAGGACCAUUAGACUCGGCGACGAUCAGAGCUUGGUCUACGAGGUUGCCGUUACGGGAGUUUCUGAGAAAAGGACCACAGGAGUGUUUGGCUGAUAGAUUGAACGAAGUUGAGACGGUUGACGAAGGGCGAUUUCUGAGAGCAAGAGGGAAAACGGCUAGAAUACCGACACAGAGGGAGAACAUUGAUGAGACAGGCAAUAAUGCUCUCGGCAUUUCCCACGAUGGAUCAUUCCAUGCAUCGCCUCCUAUUUCACCAAUAAUCCGACCCCUUGACGCCAAAAAUACAAGAUCCGAAUCAGCGCCUCAAGUGAUCUCGAGAUCUCCCAUUACACCACUGUCGCCAGUAGCAAUAUCACCACCAACACACUACUCAACACCAAUGCAACGUCCAUCACCUCUUAUACGAGCCAACUUUGAUCAAGAUCUCGCCGUGGAUCGUCUAUCGCCACCUGUUAGUGGUCGUAUGGGCCGAACUCUAAGCAGAUCUACAAGUCUAGGCACACAGGCUUCUCAUUACGAAAACCGAGAUUUCCCCCCAUUUUCGCAACGCAGCCGAAGCACUAUCGAGGGUUUCAGCGACGAGGACGACAUUGAAGCAUCCCCCAAACUACCGGAAGCUAUAAUUGCAAUUCGAAAAGUUGUCGAGGAUGGAAACAAACGAGCUAGUGAGACUGUCAUUGUUGAUGAGGUACCUAUUGCGUUUUCGAAACCUCGGGUCGAAGCUAGAAAGUUUAUAUGGGUACAUUUACCGUACAAUAAUCCAACUUGGGUGACAAAAAUAUUCGAGACAUUACAGAUAUCGGAUCAUCGCAACUAUACGCCCUUGUUCAACAACGACUUUUGGGCAACGAGACAUUCUCGUGGACGACACUCUCAACAUUACGCAUACUUUGCUAAGCCGGGGUGCUACUUCUCAGCUCCUCGACACAUGUCUCCGCGAGGUCGAUCUUCCAAGCAGUCUUCAAUAUCGAGAGUUGACGGCGGAAUCUAUACUUGCGUGUUCCUGCCAUAUCUUCACUUUGAUUCUUACAAACGACUCAUUCGUCGACGCGAGUUGAUUCUCCAGCGUUUAAAUCAUGGAAGAUCCCGACCUGUGCCAGAAUCUGUUGCCAAAUCCGACUCUCUUGAAGCACAGGUUAUUUGGGAGUUUCUAGGUCAUGACCCGCCACUCAACUGCCGAAGAACGCUGGAUCAAUACGGAUACCCUUCGCUAAGAGAUACAAGAUCGCGAGAUGAUGAUCAGAUGCUAUAUAAGCUGACCAAGGAACGAAGCUUUGCUCCUGGACUAGGUCCCGGAUUUCAUGGGCAGAUGUCAAAUAGUAGCGAUGGUAGCAAUGGAAGUGGAAGUCAGAGAUCCAAAACAAGCAGCCACGACAGAGACAAUGAGGACAAUCCAGAGGAUUCUUUACUCAAUGGUAACGUCCUCAUGGUUGAUCAACUGUGGCUGUGGGCCAUUGAUUCUCAUACUUUGCUGUCCUUUUUCCCCAAGCGUGAGGGCGAUGCUAUCGAAGGGCCUCUAUAUCAACAAGCAGAUCUUCGCGACAGUAUAUUUAACGAGGUCAAUGUUGAUCUUACUCGUCAGUGCGAAAACGCUCUGGAUCUAGCAGCGUUGGCUGUACUUCACGCAGUAACCGUGCUCCUCGAUCGAGCAUCACAUCCUGAUCUUGAAGUCUUUCGAAUAUUUGAAGAAGCCAUCAGCGUUCUCACCGAAAAACUUACAUUCUCGCUCAAAUCCUUUCGUGCAGAGGGAUUUCGCGACAAGGCAUCUGCAUACGAACCAGUCGAGAACAAAGCUCGAUCCAUUAGAGCACGACACAAAGCUGAAGGUCGUCGAUCAGAAGAGGAUAAUCGCGAUAAUACAUCCGCACUCCUUGAACUUCGAGAUAUCGAGGAUGAACUUUUGAUCCUCGUUCAUCUUUUCGAACGACAGUCCAAAGUCGUCAGUUCCAUGCUUUCGACCUAUGCCCGACCUGAACUUCGUGAGCGCACAGCGAAUGGCAGAAUCUUUUUGAGCGAAGCCCUCAAGAAGCUUGCCGAGUACGCCCAGCAGGGCCAAGAGAUGAUUGAGAGGGUUAGAAACACGAGAGAUGACUACGAUAAGCUACUUCAGAUGGUUCAGAGGCAAGCUCAGGUUGAUGAGGUGCGGCUGAGUAGACUUCACGCCGACCUUGCCAGUUCACAGAGUCGAAGUGUCAUGAUCUUUACCACGUUCACAGUCAUAUUCCUACCCCUUAGCUUUUUCACUGGUCUAUUCGGCAUGAACACGCACGAGUGGGGUGGCGAGAACAAUCUCAGCCUCAAGACCAUUGGUGCUAUUGCCCUUCCCUCUAGUUUCGUCCUCGUCAGCCUUUCCCUCGUGGCAGCAUGGAGCACAAGGGUUAGACGGUUCUUCAAAUGGCUCACUCGUUUAUAUCGUAUCGCCAUGUCGUGGUUUUGGAGAACAUUGUGUAUGCCUGUUGUUUCGGGUGUGGCGGGUAUGGUACCUCAACGGGAUGAACGACAAAGAGAUGAGAGAGACCCAAGAGGAAAGAAGGGGAUUUUGAGGGAGGAGAUGAGUGAUUUUUGGGAGAGACAUCGGUUGGAGAGGGAUAGAGGGUAUACUGUGCCUGAGAAGAAUAAGAAGACUACUAUUGGGGGUAAGGGGAGUUGGAGAUCGAAGAUGAAGUAG